CUCCGCCGCAGUUGAGACUCAGAAAAGGGCGCUCUGCUCGUGGUCUGUUGAUGAGGUGGACCAAACUUCGGCAUUGAGGAGCUCGUGCAGAGGAGAGAACCUCAGCUAGGCGCCUGCAUCUUCCACCGUUGGUCCUACACAGGGUGCAUCGUUCUGUGUUUGCAGCGUUGCCUUGACAAAGGCUCUGAAGAGUGCAAAAGCGCAGGCCCAUGGCGCAUGCCAGCUGCACGCUUGCUGCGGCUGGUCCAUCAAAUGCUUGUUUGCAGGUCUGCGAGAGGUCGCGGUCUCAGUCGAGCUGCUUCCUGGCGAGCUCUUUUCUGCCAUGUCUUCCAGCCCGUUUUCCUUGCACAGCUGCCUUGCGGCCGUGCGGUGUGCCAGUUGGCCGUAGGCACAACGUAGUGUGCGCCGUUGCAACAGAAGCCCCGCCUAGUUCUCAGCGGCAGGCGUCCCCUGCGGGUCCCAGUGGGGAGCCUGGGCAGGCCAGCGAGUUGCAGCAUGACAACAACGGGCAGGCAAAGAAGAAAAACUUGAAGGUUCUGGUAGCGGGCGGGGGCAUCGGCGGGCUUGUGUUUGCACUGGCAGCCAGAAAUAGAGGCUUCGACGUUACUGUGUUUGAGCGGGACUUGAGUGCGGUUCGGGGAGAGGGAAAAUAUAGAGGGCCCAUCCAGAUCCAGAGCAACGCCCUGGCUGCGUUGGAGGCGGUGGACCCGGCGAUGGCGCAGGAAGUGAUGGCCAAUGGCUGCAUCACCGGGGACCGCAUCAAUGGGCUUGUGGACGGAGUCACCGGACAGUGGUAUGUCAAGUUUGACACCUACAGCCCGGCUGUGGAGAGAGGCCUCCCAAUCACCCGGGUCAUCAGCCGUAUGAAGCUGCAGCAGAUUCUGGCCAAGCAUCUGGGCGAUAGCUACGUCCAGAAUGGUACCACGGUCGUGGACUUUGAGGACACAGGCAGCCAGGUGUCGGCGCUGCUGGCGGACGGUGCACGCGUGGAGGGGGACAUCCUGAUUGGCGCGGACGGCAUCUAUUCCAAGGUGCGGCGGCAGCUGUUUGGCCCGUCGGAGCCGGUCUACUCGGACUACACCUGCUACACCGGGAUCGCAGACUUUGUGCCUGCAGACAUCGACACCGUCGGGUACCGUGUGUUUUUGGGCAACCGGCAGUACUUUGUGAGCAGCGACGUGGGCGGCGGCCGCAUGCAGUGGUAUGCCUUCCACUGCGAGGCGGCAGGGGGAACUGACCCCGAAGGAAAGCGCAAGGAGCGGUUGCUGUCGCUGUUUGGGAACUGGUGCGACAACGUGGUGGACCUGCUGCUGGCCACACCCGAGGAGGACAUUCUGCGGCGCGACAUCUACGACCGCAAGCCCAUCAUGACCUGGGCCAAGGGCCGCGUCGCACUGCUCGGGGACAGCGCGCACGCAAUGCAGCCCAACCUGGGGCAGGGCGGCUGCAUGGCCAUCGAGGAUGCGUACCAGCUUGCGUUGGAUCUGGACAAGGCGCUUGAGCAGGCGGGCGGGGACAAGAGCAAAGUGCAGCUCGACCAGGUCCUGCACCAGUAUGAGGGCGAGCGGCGCAUGCGCGUGGGCGCUAUCCACGGGUUUGCGCGCAUGGCGGCCAUCAUGGCGAGCACGUACAAGGGGUACCUGGGCGAGGGGCUGGGCCCGCUGGAGGCCCCGCUGAUGAGCCUCAAGAUCCCGCACCCGGGCAAGGUCGGCGGCUACUUCGCCAUGACGCCCACCAUGCCCGCCAUGCUCGCCUGGGUCCUGGGCGGCAACUACAAGAACCUCGAGAACCGCGCGCCCUACUGCUCCCUGGAGUCAAAGGCCCGCUCCGACUUCUCGGUACUGCUUAAGGACGAUGACGCGCUCUCGCGCGCCUCCGUUGCGGAGUGGCUCAUCGUGCCGGCUCUCAGCGACCUCAAUGCGGCAGACCCCUCGCGUAUCAGCACGUGCGACGACGGCAUCCUGGUGGCCACCGUGGACGGCCUGGGCAGCAGCCUGCACGCCGAAGCUGGGGGCGCACUCGCGGCUGACAGGGAGGUGACGUCAGCCAGCAUUGCAUCGUUCGAUCUGGACAAUGGGGCGUGCUACGUGACCCCGCUCAGCAGCGACGUGCGGGUGGUGGUGAAUGGGGACGUGGUCGCCGUCAAGGGCCGGCGGCGGCUGCACAUAGGGGACGAGUUCCGGGUGGGCGAGCAGGUGUUCAAGGUGAAGCAGCGGAAGCCCAUCGGGGAGCGCUCUGCCCGGCCUGAAGAGUUGGUCGUGGGUUGAGUGAGAUCACGACACUUGUACAGAUACAGCGCAUGACAUUACAUGCGCUACGAUACAGUAGAUUGCAAGAAACGAGUCUGCGUUUUCAAAUAGGUUCGCUUGAUUCCUGCUGCCUUGGUCGUCACAGCGGCGAUGCUCGGUGCCACAACCAUUUGCCGCGUGUUGCUAUUGCAUUGAAGUCGGUCAAGAACCGCGAAACAUUCUUUUGAACAUUCGAUACUAGGUAUUUGUUCCGCAGCACAAAGAGCACGCUUCCAACCAGACUGGAUUGGAGUAAAUGAGAUUUUCGCACGUUGAAACACAAUUUGGAUUGUUUCCUUAUGCUCAUGCGGUCAAGUGUAUUGCACAGUCAGACUCCCUGCGUCAUAUGCACUGAUUUGAGUAAAGUCGAGCUAGUGACCCUAUCCUUAACCCAAGCAGAUUGUCGCAACUCAGAGAGCCUCUUAUAGAACUUUAGUUGACACGUCUGUCCACUCAAGGUAAAACUCCCCUUUAACUCAGGUCGAGUUAGUAGUUUGGUAAGUUUCGCUUAUUGACAUGCCAAGGUUUGGUUGUCUGUCAGGAUUUUCAGCAAAAAAGUGUAACAGCAGGCUGCCUCCCUGAUAGUGCCAAGCCUGGAGUCC